AAGUUGCAGGCAAGCAAAAGCGUGCGAAAAUCAACCUGAGGAAGAGUCGUGCACUGACCAUUCAGUGAUCCGUGCCACGAUAGGGCAGCGCUGGAGCCCACAAAACCACACCUUCGAGCCAGCCAGGCCUGCCGGAGCUCCACCUUGAAAGAAGCGGCCUAGGUGCGAAAAAAGUUCAACCUUUGCUCCUCGUCAACCCAACCUCGUCCAACUCUUGUCUGCCUCCCCAACUCCCACGCGACAGACCAUCACGAGGUAUGUGAAACUGACUGCGACCAUCUCACCAUGACUUGAGCAUCCGUAGGAAAAUAUGCCCCUUCGCGAAGGCCGGGGAGAGCAAUCGAGGAUGGAUUACCGAAUCGCAACCGACACAAUCCAUCAGGGGCGGUGAUGACGGACGAUGUCCUCGAUACGCUUCUCCCUUUACGACGCUGGGCGGGCAGAACCCUUCUCUUGAGAUUCGUCUCGGCGAGAUGGGCACUCUCCACGCUCUUAGAGCCUCCGAAGGCUAACAUGAAAUCCCGCUGGCAGAUACCUCUUUUCUUGUCCGAAUUGAGAAUCUCCCUCACAACACCAAAACACCGCCAAGAUGGUCCGCACUUCCGUUCUCAACGAUGCUCUUAAGAGCAUCAACAACGCCGAGAAGGCCGGCAAGCGUCAGGUCCUGAUCCGACCUUCGUCCAAGGUCAUCAUCAAGUUCCUGCAGGUCAUGCAGAAGCACGGCUACAUUGGCGAGUUCGAGGAGGUCGACGACCACCGCUCCGGCAAGAUUGUUGUCCAGCUCAACGGCCGUCUCAACAAGACCGGUGUCAUCUCUCCCCGCUACAACGUCAAGCUUGCCGACCUUGAGAAGUGGACCGUCCGCCUGCUGCCUUCUCGUCAGUUCGGCUACGUCAUCCUGACCACCUCUGCUGGCAUCAUGGACCACGAGGAGGCCCGUAGGAAGCACGUCUCUGGCAAGAUCAUUGGUUUCUUCUACUAGAUGGGGGACAAAAAUGGUUGGGGAGACAUGGCAAGCAAUGGCGUUCAUGGACGGCGUCCGGGGAAAAUAUCACUUGGGUUUGGGAAUCAUGUGCACUGAGCACCUAGUGCCAUUUUUGAAGUGGUUGAAAUAGGACUUUGAUUUCCGAUGAAUACCCUCGGGAUCCAGACAUCAAUCCAAGCCAGUCUUCGCC